AAACUUUAUUAAAGGGCAACGAAAUAAUAUUUUGCCAAAAAUCCUAUAGAAUCAACUUAGUCUACUAAAUCCUACAGAUAAUUCAGUUUUAAUCAAAAUGGAUGUGUAAGUGCUGUUUUAAUGCACGUGUAAAAUGAUGUUAAUAGUAUUCUUGCAAACAAAAUGUGCCUUCAUCAUUUCGGACGAAGAAUAUUCGGAUAACAACCGAUUAACUAUAAUAAAUAGUGUAUUAUUGCGCUUCUAGUUUGAAAACGCAAUAAUUAAAUAUAUAAUUGAGUAAUUAGAUCAUGUUAUAUCUAGUGCAUGUCAGUAUUGACUUUUAACAUUGGCUUAAUAUAUCGUACGAUUUCCUUGUAUCGAGCGUAGCAACUAGUAUACUAUUGAUGGGCGAGGGACGUUUUGUGCCACUACCAGUCCGUGCCACUGAUAUUUGUGAAGGGAGGAUGUAGCCUUGGCAGUAAUGACAAAAGUGAUGGAUGAAUGUGGCGUUCACUGAAGGCGAUGACUGAAAGGUGAUGCAAACAUUUGAUUGGGCUGACCAUUAUUUACCAGAGAGUAUUGUAAUAAUGGUCCCAAAGAAAUCUCACCAUUAGACCAAGAUGAGUGGACGGCCGGAAAAAAUGCAGGUGGAGGACUGUGAAUUUACAGAUUUUGAGAAGAAAAUCGCAGAAAGGGCUGAGUUUUCCUCAUGUUACCGGCCACGUCCUGUUACCACAGAAAAAGCAGAUGGAUGUAUGUACUUUAAUGUCAAGAAGCAUCCAAAAGAAGCUUUGGAAAUUAUGAAUUCAUUAAGACGAUCUGAAAAACUAUGUGAUGUGACUUUGGUUGCUGGAGACGAAAAGUUUCUGUGUCAUAAAAUUGUUCUAGCAUCGGCCAGUUCAUAUUUUCGUUCAAUGUUUACUGGUGGAAUGCGCGAGGAAGAAAUGAGUAUUAUUCCCUUACAUGGGAUACAUCCAUGUAUGCUUUCUGUGUUAAUAGAGUUCGCAUACACAGCUGAAAUUCGUGUGAAUGAACAAAAUGUGUGUUUCUUGUUACCUGCAGCGACAAUGUUUCAAAUGAACCAUGUAGUGGAAGCAUGUAGUGUAUUUUUAGAACAGCAGUUAGAUGCAAGUAAUUGUAUAGGAAUAACAGAUUUUGCUUGUGAACACGGGUGUUUGGACUUGGAAGCGAAAGCUAGAGAAUAUAUUUACAAGCAUUUUUCUGAGGUGAUAAAAUGUGAUGAAUUCCUUCAACUCUCCGCCUGCCAGUUAGUGAAUCUAAUCAAACACGACGAACUCAAUAUCAAAUGUGAGUCAGAGAUCUUCAAUGCUGUGAUACGAUGGGUGCAACAAGACACCGAGAGACGACUCUGUAAACUCGAGGGAAUGCUCUCAGCUGUGCGCUGCCAUUUCUUGUCACCAAAUUUUCUAGAAAACCAGUUGACUCACUGUUCUGUGCUUAAGAAAAUGCCUCAAUGCCAAGAAUACUUGUCACGAAUCUUUCAGGGUCUCAAACUCCAUCAAACCUGUCCCGAUAAACCCCGAAAGCCAUGUUCUCCUCUUGUGAUAUUCUCAGCUGGUGGAUAUUUAAGACACUCGUUAAGUGUUUUUGAGUGCUACAAUCCCCAAACAAAUCAGUGGUCAAAACUUCCCGAUCUCCCAACGCCCCGUAGCGGCCUUUGCGGGUGUACCGUUAAGGGCUCGUUCUACACAGUUGGGGGUAGAAAUAAUUCUCCCACAGAGGGUAACCUGGACUCGAACACUGUGGACAUGUACGACCAGUAUCGGCAUUGCUGGAUACCGCGCUGUCCUAUGUUAGUGCCGCGUAAUCGGGUUGGGGUGUGUGCAAUGGAUAACAUGAUCUACGCUGUAGGUGGCUCACAAGGGACUGUGCAUCAUAACUCGGCAGAAAGGUAUGAUCCAGAUUUAGACAGAUGGCAGAGCAUAGCCAACAUGCAUAACAGGCGUAUAGGUCAUGGGGUGGCUUGCGUGAAUAGGCUGUUGUUUGCCGUCGGGGGAUUUGAUGGGCAGCAGCGAUUGCGCAAUGUUGAACGUUAUGAUCCGGAGAAAGAUGAAUGGACAAACGUGGCCCCUAUGAACGAAACACGGAGUGGAGCUGGCAUUACCUCCCUGGAUGGUUACGUUUACGCGGUGGGGGGCUACAACAGCACUAGUCAGCUGAGUUCGGUCGAGAGAUACUGCCUCACGAGGGACGUGUGGGAGUUUGUGGCACCCAUGAAGAGUCCACGCAGCGCACUUAGUGUCGUGGCGUGGGGCGGGAAACUAUAUGCAUUAGGGGGUUAUGAUGGAAACGAGUUUCUAUCAAUGGUGGAAUGUUACGACCCUGACAAGGACGAGUGGUCAGAAGUGGGUAUGAUGUCCUGUGGCCGCAGUGGACAUGGGGUUGCUGUGGGACCUGAGCCUUUGGGGAGCUGACCUUGACCUUGAAGUGUUCUACUUGAACUCUUUUAACUCUCUGUCAAGGGUCACCAAAGCCUGGUGCUGAGAACUGGUAUUUGUAGGUCAGAAGGAAUAGUGGAGAAUAAUGUGAGCACUUUUGACUGAGUCAUUUUGGCGGACCUUUACCAGGAAGUGUUCACCUUGAACUUGUUGAAUUCGUUUUCAAGGGCAUCUGCAGCCUGGUGCAGAAUACAAGUUCCCAUAUUUUAGAGGGAAAACUUGAGGAUGUAGCGACUGUUUUGUGACUGAGUCAUGAGUUUUUGCAAUGGAUGCCAAGUGUUGCCAAAGAACAGGGAAAAAAAGAUAUUUGAUUAUCAAAAGAAAGUGAUGAUAAUUAAUACUCAAUCAGGUUUGUGUACGGAUCUAAAAUCUGUGCCAACAUAGGCACAUUGGUUACCAAUAGCUGAUAUUUUAUUGUGUGGUUGAAACCUAAUGAUGGGAUACAUGUCUCAGUGCAAUGUUGUAGAGUUGUACAUGUAAUACUUACACUAACCCUUUGCAUGCUGGGAAAUUUGUUGUCUGCUAAAAUGUCGUCUGCUGAAUUAAAAAAAUUAGCAUUUUCUUCGAUUUUUUUCAAAGAAUACUAUCAGAAUAGCAAACAGUUUGGAUCCUGAUGAGACGCCACGUUCUGUGGCAUCUCAUCUGGAUCCAAACUGUUUGCAAAGGCCUUCACAAUUCGGUUCCAGCACUGAAAGAGCUAAGAUAAGAGGCAAUAAGAUAAAAGGCAAUGAACUACAUAUGUAUUCCUAUAAAAGCCAGUAAAUUAUUUUUCUUAAAAACGUGAUAACCUUAAACCUUCCCAAUUGAUUGCGGUUGAUUUGUUGAAAAACAUAAAUUUAGUGACAUGGUGGUAUGUCAAAUGUUUAAAUUUCAUUUUAUUCAAGAAAAUACAUUUCCUUAUUGAUACAUUGUACCAAAACUUACAUUAAAAAAAAAAUUUGGCAAAAAAUGUGUGCCAAAAAAAAUACAUUUAGAUAAUUUUGUUUUUUACAAAAACUUUUUUUUAACGAAUAUUUGGAUGAUCAUUAAUGCAAUCAUUCUAUUAAUAGUAGGCAUAUUUAUGAUCAUUAAUGCAAUCAUUCUAUAAAUAGUAGGUAUAUAUGGAUGAUCAUUAAUGCAAUCAUUCUAUAAAAAGUAGGCUUUCCCUUCAAACACUAGAGGUGACAGUUGCGCCGCAAGUUGUUUACAUGCAAAAUUUGUCAUAAACUUUAUGAUAAAGAUAAUAACAAUAAUCUUGCAAAACAGCAGCUGCAGUAAAUGAGCAAAAUCUGCUAGUCAUGUUUUAUGUUAACAACAAUAACAAGGAUACUAAGUAAUGGUUUCUAUAGCUACAAACAUUGUUAUGUCCUAUUUUAGAGAAUGACGCUUGCUGUAAAGAAAUAGCUGAAUCAUUUCCAGAUCUAAAAGCAGUACUUAGUUUAGUAACCAGUUCACAUUUAUCGGAAUUCCAAUAUCUAUUUCUUGUUUUUCCUCAUUGCCAUUACGUUGCUCGACAUACUUAAUGUUUAUUUUAAAGGUUUUCUGUUACUUUGCCUGUUUUUUGCUCAGCAUACAAAGUGUCCUGGUUUUCAUUUAAUUAAUAUAAUAAAAUAAAUGCUAUGUUUUAAUAGCAAUUACAGAAAUUACAGAUAUUUUUUUUUUAAAUCACAUGAAAGUUAAUUAUUUAUGAAGAGCAUUUCUUUAGAGUGUAAUACUAUUAUCGAGCAUAUGGCUUCAAUUUUAUGUGCAUUAUUUCCUUAAUAUUUAUAGUUAAAAUAUAUUUCUUUGGACAUGUAUUGACUCUUCCCAUGUAUUGCAAAUAAAAUCAAUUCAAGCAUGAAAGAUAAUGAGAGAAUUAAGUCCCAUUCGACUGGAAACUAUUGCACUUCUCAAAUAUUUGGUAAAUUACAACUUCCUAUUUUGCUUAAAAAAAUGAGUUUCAGUAAAUGUGCAAUGUUUUUGUGAAUCAACAAAUAAUUAUGUAGGUUGGAUAUGUUUUAUAGGCAGCAGAAUUUUAGGAUCACAUACAAAAAUUACAUGUAUGCUGCGGUUUAUUGAACCCAAAGAAUAUUUACUGGCAUGUUCCGAGUAAAGAAGCCAUUUAAAAGGCACAUUGUGAUGGUCUAGUUUGUUUCUAAAACAACCCGGUGAUAAUUUAAUGAAACCUGCUGUUUUCUUUAAUUGCAAUGUAGUUUAAUACAUUGUAUUUGAAAGACAUGUAUAUGUAAAUUUAUCAAAUACACUGUGAAAAUCAUCGGAGAUCCUUAUGUAUGAUUUGUAUGUCUUCGAUGUUUGUCAAUGUUAUUUUUAAUUUUUUUUAUUAUUAUUAUUAUAUAAUUAUGUGUUGUUGAUAAUUAUUUAAGGUUGAUGUUUUGUGAUGAAAAAAGUUAUGAUAAAAUAUUAUUAAAUACUUAAAUAAAAAGUGAAUAUAUAUUUUAAA